AUCACUUUUACUUUUUCCACGGAACAUAAAAACAAAUUCUCCAAAAAUCUACAAUCUUUCGCCACCAUUUCUCUGCUCCGAGCAAAUCCUCGUUAGGGUUUGGAAAAAAAAUGGAACGCAAUUGCUGCCAUGUACCAUUAGCAUUCGUCCUAAAACUCUUGAAUUUCCUUCAAGCAUUUAUCGGAAUUUCAAUAAUUAUUUACUCAUUUUGGAUGCUUGAUCAAUGGAACAACAAAGUCCCCGUCUUUCCACCUUCUGCUCCUUCUCCAGAUUCUUCGUUUUCCUCUUCUUCUCUCUUGCUUUUGCCCAGCUCUGAGUCUCACUCGAUUCAGGAUCUUGUCUUCUCCGAUGUGGUUCCUCGGUUAGAAAACGGGUUCGACUUCGACUUGAAUUCCUUCCAGCUUCCGGCUCCUUGGUUCAUCUACUCUUUUAUGGGAGUGGGCGUUAUAUUGUGUUGCGUCACCUUCAUCGGCUGUAUUGCAGCUGAAUCCAUUAAUGGCUGUUGCCUUUGCUUUUACACAGUACUCAAAAUUGUAUUCAUUCUGCUAGAAGCAGCCUUGGUUGCAUUCAUUGCAAUUGAUCGUCGUUGGGAAAAGGAUCUUCCAUUUGAUCCAACUGGAGAACUGCAGAGCCUUCGUAUUUUCGUUGAAGAAAAUGUUGAUAUAUGUAAAUGGGCUGGUAUCACAGUGCUCAUAAUUCAGGCACUAGCUCUGUUACUAGCAAUGAUUCUGCGAGCUAUGGUUUCCACUCGGAGAAAUGAGUUUGAUGAGGAUGAUUUUGAGAAUGUUAGAGGUAGAACUAGGGAGCCACUCAUAAAUCAGUCAGGCCAAGCAUUUAGUCCAGGGACUCAUUCAGACAUCUGGACCUCACGGAUGAGAGAGAAGUAUGGGCUGAGCACCGGAGAUAAACCCAAUCUACUUAAUCAGAAUGCAUCAAUGAGCACGAAAUCCAAGUAAUGAAGAUCAGAAAAGUUUCUGUCUCACAAGGUGGGAAGAAGGACACCAAAGUAUAGACUCGUUGUCUCGCCUCUUACUGACGUACAUAUAAUUGCCUUUUAGUUGUUCUUUCUUGAGCUUUUCUGGAGGAAGUUGUGAUAUGUAUAGGUCCUUAGAAGCUCCCGUGCACGUCGAUUUGUACUGAUUGGGGAAAACAUACUUCGUAAGGUAAAAGCUUUUCAUUUUGUGUUGCUAUUAUGCUCUCACUUCUCAGUGUCCUCAUGUAUGGUUUGUUAAUUGUUGUACACAUUUGCUGAAAUAAUACAUUGUGUGUUUAUUCGAUGUUA